CCGCAGCCUCAGUCGUGGAUCUGGCCAGUCGUUUCGACAUCUCAUCGAUCCAUCGAUGGGAAGAAAGUCCAAAACGAAGGCGUCGUUGCUCAAGGGGCAGACGCCCCCGUCGUCCCCCAAGAAGGCCGCCGCCGAAGUAAACCCAGUUCCCGCACCAACAUCGCCACGGUACGCGGAUGUCAUUCCAGCGUCGCCCACGUAUGGCUCUGGCCAGCCAUUGCUUCACGUCCGACGCAAUGCGUACUUCGAAGCGGACCGCAAGUGCCACGAUGUCUUGUGCGGCGUGCUCUUUGGUUUGUUUUGGAUUGGCAUGGUCGCCAUUUCCCUCGUGGCGUACAAGCAUGGCGACAUGAAUGGUUUGGUCUAUCCAAUGGAUCACUUUGGGCACCUGUGCACUGAAGCGACGCCGUUUGCGUACUACCCGCAUCCGAGCUUGGACAUCAAAAGCCCAUACUACUAUGGCAUUUGUGUUGCCACGUGCCCCGCCCAAGGCGAGUUUGUGAACGGCAUGAAGGUCAAGUACGACACCACCGACGUGUUCCACCGGUGUGUGCCGUCCAACCUCACGGCAGUCGGCGCUGACGUCGCCGAGGAAUACGCGACCAUCUUGGGCAAAGCCACGACAACGUUCAAACUGCUGUCUCGGUACAUCGAAGACAUCCGGAAGACAUGGAAACCCGUCGUGGGCGUCAGCUGCGGCGUGGGGUUUGCCGGGUCGGUGAUGUGGCUCGGAGUGCUCCGGCUGUACCCAGGCACGGCGGUGUGGGGCAGUCUGUUUGUGACGAUGCUGGCGCUCGUGCUGGCGACCGUUGUGUCGGCCCUCGAAGCGCACUACAUCCAAAGCGACGCGUUUACCGCCGCCGUCGACGAUUCGUUUGUACUUCAGCUCGGCAACGACAACGAAAAGUCGUUCCGAGUCGUCACGGUGGUCCUGGGGUUCGUCACGCUCGUACUGGUACUCGUGCUCGCGUUUAUGUUUUCCCGAAUUCGGUUGUCGGUGGGCAUCAUUCACGAAGCCAGCCGUAGCAUUGCGUACAUGCCCACGCUGUAUGGAAUUCCCGUGGUGCAAACCACCAAACUUCUGAUUCUGUUCGUGUACUUUGUCGUGUCGUGCAUGUACAUUGCCAGCUGCGGUAACAUUUCCCUCGCCGACUUACGUGGCGCGUUCUCCCGCCACGACGGAAAGGCGCACGUGCAGGCCAUCCAAGCGGCGGUGCCGGCUUUGGCCACCGAGUAUGGCAACGGCACGACCCAGGGCUCCAACUGGAUGAAGGCGUGCUUUGCGUACAACCUGUUUGGGAUCUUCUGGACCCAGCAACUCAUCGAAGCGGUCACGGUGUGCACGAUAGCCGGUGCCAUUGCCCGGUUCUACUGGUGCGACUCGACCGACCAACUGGGCUUUGCCGUCGUAAAAUCGUAUGGGCACAGCUUUCGGUACCACUUUGGGUCGCUGGUGUUUGGUUCGGCGGUGGUGGCCGUGGUUCAGUACUUCCGCGUGGCACUGGAAUAUGUGGACCACCAGACAAAGCACACGCAGAAGUACUCGGUGGUGAAAGUCGUGACCUGCUGCUGCCGCACGUGCCUGUGGUGCCUGCACACGUUUAUCAAGUUUGUCAGUCGCAAUGGGUACAUUGUAAUCGCCAUGAAGGGGUCGUCGUUCUGUGUGGCGGUCGUCGAUUCGUUCCAUCUCGUGACCGCCAACCUGUUGCGCAUUGGGACGUUGUCGAUCGUGGCAGCGUUUGUGAUGGUCAUGGGCAAGGUGCUCAUCUCCGUGGGAUGCACGAUGCUCGUGUUCUGGUACAUGACUGCGCAGACGGUGGACGUGUCGAGCCCGUUUCCGCCGCUCGUGGUCACGCUCAUCCUGUCGUACUCGGUCGCUUCGCAGUUCUUUGGCGUGUUUGAAAUCGCCAUCGACACAAUCCUCCUUAGCAUCUGCGAAGACGAAAAGAUCAAUCGCAGCACCGCCCAGUACUACGCGUCCAAGCACAUUCGAGCGUAUCUGGACCAUACGGCCGAGCACGCGUUCGACCACCACAAGCACAUUGAAGCAGCCAAGCGGACCGACGUCAUGGUGUAAAUGUAGCCAAGUUGAGUUACUCAAAUUGUCCGAUAUGUUGGAAUAGCUAUGGAUAUAUUGACAUGUAAGAGCGUUAAUUGAAUUGAACCCUCUAAGUACGACCGUUUCAAACUGGA